ACAGCAGUGAUUACCAGUUUCACUGGCUGCCAUCUUUUGGAGGAUGUUUCCCAGAUGGAAAAUGAUGGAUUUACACUUGCUUCAGUAGGCCCUUCUGGUGUGUGCUGUUGGCUGUGGACUGCAGCUGGUGCUGCUUCUUUGUUGUAUACAACAAUAUUUUUCUUCUGUUGCGGAAGAAGCAAUGAACUGUGAAGAACCUUGCACAAAAUCUUUUGGGUACAAAGAUUAAACAGCACAAUCUAGUUUCUGGCACUAUUUUUGAUGAAGGAAAGUAUGUUGUGCUUAAGAAGGGGGAAUGAAUCUCUGGACGGUGAGAAGUACAGAGUUUAAAAGAUCUUACCUUUUCAAGCAACUUCAUACGCUUAAUCCGUUUUCAUGUACUAUUGCUAUAACUGGAUAUAGUGGCAUGUUUGCCAUCAAGUUCUAAUCUACAGGGAGCUGCCCUAUUACAAAAUUCUGGUAAUCAUGCCUAUAACUAAAGGAAACUUGGACUGAACUACUGUUUUUGUCUUUUCUGAGAACAGAGGUUUAGAGGCUGACUGAACUGUGAGCGGGGAUCCCUGGAUGGUUUGAGAUAGUAAGGUAUAGAAGGCAACACUGCAAUGGGAAAGUCUAGUAACUUCUAAAGAAAAAACUAGCAACCAAAUAGUGUCUGAGGAAGCAUGAACACUUGUUUGUAUUGGGUCUUCUGGAAAGAUGAGACUCCUGUAGAUGAAAUUCAGCAGGAAAAUAUUGUGUUGGGACUGGCUCCCCAAAAAUGGCAAAAAUGAAAGUUGUUUUACAUGUGAAUGUAGUGUAAUAAGAUUCAGCUUAACUCAGUGAUGGUUUGGAGAAGGAUAAAAACUUAAAAUGCAGUGGCUUAAUAGGCAUGAGAACCUCAUACUGAUUUUUUCCAGGGGCAGCAUCAGUUGGAGAGUUUCUCAUGCUGAUUUUCUGUCAUUCUCCUCCAGCAAAUGCGAACUCAAAACUUGAAAACUGUCUAGAACUAAAAAGAAUUGUUGAAUUAUAUUGACACAACUUAUUAGAGUGCUGUUAAAGGAAGCAGUUUUUGUUUCUGUAGAUCUUUAAAACUUAGGAGAUUUUCAUAAGUAGGUAUUAAGAUCCAUUAAAUAUGUCUUACUCAGCAGUUUUGAGAGCAAACACAACUGUGGAAGGGCAAGUUUUUUUUAAGUCUCCUCAAUGGUGAGUACUUUCAGAAGGAAAUUAGAUGCUUUAUAUCUUGAAAUUCAGAUUUGUGGAAGCUAAUCAAUACUGUGGUUAAACUUUCUAGUUUUUAAUACCCUAUUUCCUUAGACUCGAAAAACAGGAAGCAAAAGUAGUUGUUACUAGGAGGCUAUGAACACAUAGAAAUUCAAGACUGACCAAGGAGCAAAGCAGGUUCUGUUGUUUUCAAAUAAGGAAUGUUCCUUAACAUUAUACGUACUUGAGUUCUGUAAUUGACUUUUAGUAAAGCCUUUAUGAAAGAAUUUUGUAGGGCACUUUAAUUAUUUUUAAAUUUAUGAGGAGAGGGAGAAAAAAGUUACGAAAACAGGCAGGAUCAAAAACUUGCAUGGUUUCCUAUGUUUUGAGUAAAUAAACUUGUAUUUAAGGAAAAAAACUGUCAUGCCUUUGAGUGUGAUUUAAGAAGCAUUGUGUAGUUCAGUGAGAAGUUUAAGCAGCAGCUUAAUUGACAGUAAGUACAGGAGGAGUGGGAGUUUGUGUGUAAGCAUAGCAGCAGGAAAGGAAUUGUAGGUUUCGUUAGCCAGAAACAGGGCCUUAUUAAAAUCAUGAUGAAAUAGUGUAGAACCCAGGAACACGGUUCAAGGGGAGACAUUUCAAAACUCAGCUUAAUGGAGAUUCUGGUUAUUUAUGUUUCUUGAAGUCUACAUGCAAAAGAAAUGUUCUUUUUUCUUGUGUUCUAGUUAUCUAGUUUAAGCAAGAUAUAAUUCAGGAAACUUUUUGGCAGCUAAUAUGCUAAAACUCUCAGCUCUGUGACAGGGCAGCGAGAGGAGCUGUGCAACCUUCUGGUUAUGGAAGCAGCUCCGUCACCGCUGUGCCCCACUCUUUUUCCCAGAGUGAGGGAAAAACAUAAGCACCUAUAUGGGAGGGCCGUCUGUCCUUCCAUUGUCUCUAAGGGAUUCAUCUUUCAUUCAUAGCUGCUGCUGUUUAAGAAAACACUUUUUCUUGGCAUCUUUCAGAAAGGUGAUGGAAGAAGGUGGGACCAUUGACCGGGUCUUUUGCACAGAGUGCCUAGUCUGGUUGCUCAAUGCUUAAAUCCCAAAGAGUUGGUAUGAGGAAAUGAAGUGGUACAGUGACAAAUGCCUGGGUAGACAUCUUGUUCUCCUUCCUGAAUAGGUAGGGCAUUUAAACAGCUGGCAAGUCUCCAAAGCAGGAAGUACUGUGCAGCUGUCAGCCUCUGGGGUUUCCAGAAAGAUGUUGGUGAUUAAUCUGCAUAUUGAUCAGUUUCAAACAUAAAUAAAACCUAUCUACUGAUCUGACAGGAGCUGGUUUCAGGGAUGGCAGGGAGCGUUUGUCCUUCUGAAUGAGUGUACGUGAUGUUGCGCAACCAUUGUGGCGUAUUCCUGGUUCUUCGGUACAGUGUGGGUAUGCUGAUUGAUUAACACAAAACAAGUAAACAUUUUUUCUUGUUUUGGUGGUAUGAAGUCCAGGAUUUGAACAAAGGCAUUUGGAAGCACAGGCUAAGGACACAUGCAUUUCUGUAACAAUAUGAAUUUCAGCUCCUCUUCCUCCUGCCAUCUCCUAUACAGACAGUUGUAUGUUUCAUCUUUUGAUUUAGUUUCAGUUACUUGUGUCAGCUUGCUAAAACCACAUAGUUCUCUUCACUGGGUGCUAUUUCAUUAUAAUGAGCCCCGUCUAUCCCUCCAAGUACUUAUGGUCAUUUCAAUUGUAUUUGUGACUGGGAAGGUAGAAAAAAAUAUGCUUCAUGAACGCUGAUUUUGCUUUUAGCUUGAAACUUGAUGAGGCAGGGAAGCUUGGCUGAAACUUUUAUUGAGAGCCCAAGUUUUGUCUGAGUCCAUGUAGGCAAGCGACAUCAAUGAUUACAAGGUGAGCUUUUUGCAUUGCACCUGAGCUUGCAUUUCUCUCUUUCCCCUGGGGCACAAACGUAAAAUUUGCCAACAGAUCUGGAAUUUUGCUUUCUUAAAUUGUCCCGGGGAAAGAAAAAUCUGCUAAGUUACUUGCUCUUACAAGUUCUUCAAAAAUCCUGAAUGGAUGUAUUACUUUAAGAAAUGUGGUUAUUUUUACUUGGUUUUGCAGGUGUGUAUGUGUGUUGUUAUUGUUGUUUUCAACUUUCUUGUGUUGCCCUUCUUCCUUAGAAGGGGAUGUGCUGUACUGCUUAGGAGGAAAAAGUGAAUACCUUCAUCUUUGGACAGACUGUCACCACAAAAAGGAAUGAGGUAGUAGAGAUGGUAGAUUCAUAGCAUCCUGUUUGUUCUUGGUGGGAUGGUACGGUGAUUUUAGGUUCAUGUUCAGUAUGUUAAUGGUUCAUCUGCUACAACGUGAAAGCAGUUUCCUUCAUACAAGUAAGUCAUCAUGUCUCUGCUACCUCACCAGUGCGGUAGGGAUGAGUUAGUGUCUUGGAAGAAAUGUACCUCUAUAGAUACCUACACCCCCCGUAUAAUUUAUAUACUGUGUAUCUAAGAUGUUCCAUGAAAAUUACACUUAACAAUUUUCCGGUUAAGUACAGUUAUGCUGUUCUUUUCCUGAUAGAAGGAAGCUUUUCUCAGAAGCUCUAUUUCUCUCCAGUCCCUGGCAAAUUCCUUGUUGACCAAAUCCAAGAUGACAGUGUAGUGAUGCUGUUUUCUCAUAAAGAAUCUGUGGUAAUCGAAAACAAUUUCCAACCAUUAUUUUUUGUAAGACUGCUAGUGAAAAGUCCCAAUGCAAUCUAUUAAAAGGUUGAAUUUGUUUUUUUAAGCAAAAAUGAAUAAACAGAAAGGAAAAAAAAAACACUGUUCUUUAGUUAAAACUUAGUUCCUGAGAAUACUGCUUUACAAUAGAGGUAAAUAAUUGUUCAGAAGCUUAAUACAGGUGUCUGGAAAAACAAACCAAACAGCAUUAAAACAGGAAUGAAGAAAUUAGCAAAGAUAGCAUGUCUUUCUGAACCUCUUCCCGUUUGUCUGUCUCUGAAAGUAGGAUCUCAAAGGAGAGAUCCUUAGAUCUUAAGGUCAGCACUCUGAGACACAGUGGGAGAAUGUGUGGGUGAGAGACUUACGUUUCUAGAGUGUGUCAGUUCUGCUGCCAUUGGCUGUUCUUCCUUGGUAAAGUUGAGUAAGCAAAUGGUGGAUUAAUGACUCAUCUGGGGACCUUCUGCUGGUGGUUUUUUUGGCUUUGUAGCAGCUGGAAUUCUGGUGUACGGCUGCAGGUCUGAACAGCCAUCUCACUGAGAAUUGCCACGGACUGAUGUACUCAGUUACCCGUGUUGUAAGAGCACGUAUCUACUUUAUAGCGAUGACUGAAAGCCACUGCAAUUGUUGAGCAUUGAAAUAAAAAUCCAAUUCUUUAUUAAAUGCUACGUGGAAGGGUUGUUUAAGUGCAUUUUUCUUUUUCCAAAAUGAGUCAAUUUCAGAAUUUGAAGUGCAAAGAUUGUGCAACUGCUUACUUAAGUUAUGGUGUAAAACAGAACUACUUGAAAUAUUGUGGGGAAAGGUAGCAUGCUCAUGGGCAUGAGACCUUGAAGAAAAGUGCCAACUGAGUAAGGAACGCUCUUGCUACCACUAUUCCAUCAUUUGGGAGGGAGAAGCAGGGAAAAAUAUUGCAAGGGACUAAAAUAAACCCUUGUGAUAAAGGGAGGCGUUUAUCCUUGUGAAGUAAUGGAUAACAAACACCUGCAUAGAAUGUUGGUAAUGGAGAGAAGAAGGAAGAGUAGAGCUAAGGACAGCAAAGAGUAGUUCAUCGUACUGCAACAGCAAGCGAUCUGUGAGUACCAGGGGAAUGGAGGAAACUAUCAGCUGUAUGUGGAGGGGUUAAAAGCAGGAAAGCCUUGCAAAAAUCAUAAAGGAAAAACUUAUUCUCCUACUUUUUCAGUAGGUAAACUUGGUAUAGGAGAAUCAUGGAUGCUGAAAGGUGAAAAAGCAUGUACUGAGCUCUGUAAAUUCUGGAAGCAUUUGUGCAAAUAGUAGUAGUGGAUUGUAGGCAAAGGCCUUAUUUUGUGGAAGCUGAUGUGACAGUUAUGGUUAUACCAACCCAUUAUGAUGAACUUCUCCUUAGGAAAUUAAUGUGUAAAAAUGUGAAACAAGAUCAACAUGUUAAAAUCUGCUGCUUUAAGUUAUGAUAUAAAAUUACUUGAAGGCCUUUAAAGGAAUGUCUUCUGUAGUACAUGAGGAGGCAGUACAGUCCAUUGUAGUCUCAGUCUAUGAUGAGAUGCUACUUUAAUUACAGGCUCUAUUCUUGCCAUAGCUGUAGUCUAUUCAUAUAGGUGUCAUACUAGAGGCUCCUUUGAAAAGUGGGGGAUUAACAAAUUAUUAAUUAGAUAUCAACUUUCUUUAGGAAAAAAAAAAUCUUUUUUGAACAAUUUUUUGCCUGUGGCCAGGCAGGGUAUGGGAUUCCACCAGCCACUGAGUGCGUCUUCAGGAGGAGCAGCUUCAGCUUGCUGGGGAUAUAAAGCAUUUCUCUCUGCCAAUAGAGAGCUCUGGCUUCUUACAGGACUUUAGAGUAGUUUUCUGACCGCAGCGUACUCUGGCAGAUCACCCUGAAUGGGCACUUUGGUCUGUAUGAUAAAUGGGAAAUUUAAUAUUUGAACUUUCUCUCCCAUGGCUAAUUGUGGUGGAGUCUCAGCAUAUUAUCUGAUUUGGAGACUGUUUUUUUUCUGAAGUGAACACUUAGGUUUUUGUGCAUUUUUGUUCUACUGAAAAAUUUCUGCCAAAAAGGAGACUUGCACGCUUGAAAAUGUGGCUUAAUUAAAUAAUAAAGGAAAAUGAAGACUGGAGCAGAACUGGAUGACAGAGCAAGGAAAAAGGCAGAUGUCAGGAGAAGGAGAGAAAGUACAAUCAGAGGACAGGCCAAAGGACAGAAAUUGAAAGUUUUUGUUCCUGUCUCCAAGUGAGGAGACACUUAAAAAGCUAAUCUAAAUAAGCAUAAUUGCUGGUAUAGAUGUACUGUCUGAAUAGGAGACCCAGGCAGCCAGCAGUGGCAAAGGUGUGAAGCUAAGACUAUAAAUCAAAGAAUAUAAGGCUAAGGAUAGUUUGUUUUGCAGAAGAUGGUGUGUUUUCAGUGGAAAGGAUGAGAGAAGAGAGAGACACUGGAGACCAAGAAAUACAGAAAUCAACUGUUCUACCAUGCGCAGGAGCAGAGAUCCUCUGUGUUUUGAGGGGAGGACCAAAACCACAUUGCAGGUAGCAUCCUCUGAUUUACUUCUGUGUCAGCCAAAGUUGCAGAGAUGGUGGCAGCCUCCCUUGGUAGCAAGCAGACCAGGGUGUUUGUGGGCAAUACUUCAGACUCAUCUUGCAAAGUCUUGUUCUAUCUUGAUUCAAUAGCUUUUAAGCAAGUGGCUUGUUUGGCUUCUCCAAACUCAGAAUGAGAAAUAGAAGAGCAGGCUGGAGGAAGACAUCGCAACUUGCUGACAUCUGCACUGUUUCCUCGUGGUGGUAUAUCUGAGCAUUCAGUGAUGAGGCAAACCUGCAUAUUUUCCCUAUUUCCCAUCACAGCAGCUGGGAGACUUAGAUUGCUUAACAGAGGGAGACCUAGUAGCAACCUGCCUCUUCCAAGCAGAAAACAAGUGAGGUGUCCAAGUAAUGCACACUUACCUUGCUCUCAAUGGGUGGUAAAAUUACAACAUAGCCAUAUGCAUUUAGGAGAAUAAUUAUUUUUAAGCACUCCUGUUGCCAGUUAUUUUGUAAAUAUUUAAGAAAAAUGAUUACUUUUCUUGUGGUAGGUGUUGGCAGCAGCUGUAUUGCAUUUAACAUUCCAGUGCCCUUCCAGUUCACUUAUAUGAAUGUAGCUGGGGACGUCAGUAGCCAUGAAGUGAUGAGGUUCUUUUAUACAGUACAUAUCCCUUAUUACCUAGUUACUUUCCCCUUCUGUAUUCAACUUUUAUUUCUUAUUGUGCACAAUGAAAGAGGAGGCGAUGGUGUUAUUCAGUGCUAUAGACAUGAAAGAUACUUGGGGUAUAAAGUCUUAAUGGGUUUGAGUUAAUAUGUGCCUUUUAUGAGGUGGUUUUUUUUCAUUUAUACUUUACCUUUAUGUUUAAGGAAGAAAGCCAGUUGGGUGAGGCAGUUUUAAAAGGCAGAGCCGAAACGCUGUCAUCUCUAUGGGGAAGAAAGAUGAGAGUUUUUUGUUAACAGAGGAGCAUGGGGAGAUCUUGAGCGUGUGUUUCAGAAAUAACCACAUUCCUGGCCAAAUUAAAAUUGCUUUGGGCAGUGAAAAGCUUUAGAAUGUUCAGAAUAGGUAAUAACAAUUUUGAUGUAAGAAUUUCAAUCAUUUUGUCAUUAGAGAUCUUAUACGUUUUGACUACAAACAGUAGCUGUUUUCCGGGUUACCACUGAAAUAUACUGUUCACAUGGUUACUACCUAUAAAUGGCUAUGCGAGUCACAAAACUAACUUUUUACCAAUAAAGUAACUUCAUUCUUUUGCUCCAGGAAAAAAAAACAAGUAAUACACCGUUUGGAAAAAUGUUCAGUGUACAGUUUUUGUCUGUUCCUCUGAAUUCAACUAGAAGCAUGUGUAGUGAUGCAAAUUGAAGGAUUGAUUCUAUACUAAAAGGUAAAAGUUUUGUUGGCUCUUAAAGUGCAAGAUCAAGGCUUACAUCCAUAUGUUUAAACUAUUCAUAAGCCAAAAAUCAUAAAAAUAGAUCGAAGUUCUGUUGUCCCAAUCAUAUUUCUGUGUCAUUGACUGAACUCUGAAAGUACUUUGACAGUCUAAGUGAUAAGAGUGAUUGAGAUGUGCCUGUGGCAAGGAAGGGCUGUUGAUAAAGCACUUUGAAGAGAAUGCUUUGUGUAGCAAAUGUUGAUUGUGAUUUUUAUCUUAAAGGCUUGGUAAUGUCAGCCUUAUCAGAAAAGAUGGACAAAUCAGCAACCCGCACAAUAUUUGGAUGUUGUAAGGUCUGAAGGUAGAAAAAAGAUUUGGGGGCUAAAGCUGGUAGACAAAAGGACUGAUCCUGAUUUGGAAGCCUAUUGAUCCAGCAUAAGAAGCAACCUAAAUUCAGAAUCUGGAAUAUGAAACCUUUUGAAGUUCAGGGUUGAGGGAAGAGGGAUGAGUUUGCAGGUGCACCAGAAUGCACCAUUCUGUCCUGCUGCGAUUCCAAGUCCAGGCAGCUUGUAGGUGUAGCCCAGCAGGGUACACAGCUCAUGGCACAUUGCAGUGCUGCAGGCCCAAGUCGUUUCAGAAUAAGCUGUGAGAACAAGGUGCUGUCAGAUCUAAACUUCUGCCUUAUUUAAGAGACUCAACUACAGCUGAUCCUUUCUCAAAAGGCUUUUUAAAUGUGUGUUCUCUGAACCUUGAUACUUUGAAUUUAAUGGACUUCCUAAUCUUGAUUGUUAACUGGAAUCUCUGAAAAAGACUUAAUUAUCCAGGUAUAAUAGAUACCGAGAAGUUAAUGAUAAACUCAGAAAUAUGCUGUGUAGCCAGCUGUCUUGUUAUUUGUGUCGACACCACGUUGGAAUUGCUUUGAUUUAGACUCUCCAGGUUUGUUUUGGUUUUCAGUUUGAGCUCCCUUCAUUUCAGCUGUGUUCUGUCCUUCCAAGCAUUCAAAGGAGCCCUGACUGUCAUCUAAGGAGCUGCUGUGAGCCACAGGACAAGCGCUUUGCAUCGGAGCAUCCCUCUGUACUCCAAGCCAGGCGCUCUCUUUUAACUGGUCGGAAUGUUAAAAAAGUCUGCUGUUCAAAGCUAGCCAAAAUCAACAGAAAAGCACAUAAAGGUACACAUUCCAAAAUGAUGCCAAUGCAAAUAAGGAAAUGCAAGCCUUGUGCUGCACCAGGCCCUCUCUUCGCUCCCGGACCCCUUCCACAGCUAAAAUGAGUGGACGGAGCAUCUGUCUGUCUGCAUGUCCCAGUGCUUUACUUGGUUGAGGGUCCUCUUUUCACAAAUAGGGCAUGAAUGUCUGCUACUUUGUUCAAUAUUUAUGCAUUUCCUCAGGCUCCUUCAUCUUGUUAACAUUAACCUGGUAGCUGAAGAGCCAGGCAGAGCUGUCUGGCUGCUACUGAACUUUAUCUGUUGCAUGUUCCUCUUAACCAAACAGGGAUUUAGCUCUGCAAACAAAUGAACAAGGAAGGCUGGACGAAACACUUUGUUUUGCAUUUCUGGAUGGGAAAUGGCUGAUGUUAUUGUUUCUAGUUAUCAGUAUAUACGUGUGUAUUUAACACUUUAUCUGAAUAAUUUUUUAUUGACAAAAGGAUUCUGUUUGUAGCUAGGCACAUGACAAAUUUGUUCCUGCAGCAUUUGUUCUCAGUACUUGAAAUCCACUUGUAAGUGGAUUUCUAGCAAGUGAAAAUGAGCUCAUGAUUUAGAAGGGGCUGAGAAGCUACAUAAGCAGGCUGUUAAAAUAGUCACGAAGGACUAGAUUCAAAUACAGUGCUAAGCAUCUCAGUAUCUCCUCUGGGGAACAAAUUGGGCUUUAAAAGCAGGGGGGGUUGUUCGUUAGCUUCCCAGAAGAAUGUCAUCAGGUGGUUAUUUAAUAUACUGAAAGGAUGCUGAGAUUAAUCAGAUUGAAUCUUCUCCUUCUGAAGCCAGAAGGCAGUUGUUCUGUUCAAGCACCUGAGUUGUGAUCACUUCAAUAAACAAAACUCACUGAAGCAUGACAUUAAACAAAUGGUAUGAAUAAUACCUGAGUGCUAAAGAGAGAAACAGAAACUGUCUCUGCUGUCAUCACCACUGGAGCUUUCACUCAGGAAUCUCUUGUCCUUUUCUACCUGUCCCCUGACUGUGCUGUUAUUUCUGUUGCCGGGGUGAAUCCUCAAACCAGAAUUGCUUGGAGGUUUAUGAACUUCGUUUUCUCUCUAGUGAAAAUGAGGUGCAGUGGAAAGCUUUUCCACUCUUGGGCAAAUUGCACUUUGCAAAUGGUAAUUUUACCUUCAGCAGAAGGAAUACUGCUGUUUCCCUAAGGUAACUGCAUGUACGAUAGGAAUGGUCUCGGUGUCCUUCAUUAAUCUGAGGGAGCUGAAUGGGGAUGGUUAGAUGCCUACUGUAACCCACUCAGGCAAAAGUGUUUCCCUGGAGACAAGUUAACGACGGGGCACUCAGAUGUGGCCAUGCUCUCUUACUGUCAACAUUUCUAUUGUGCUGAGCAAUUGUUAUUACUUCACUGUAUUGCUUUUUGAGUUUAGAUAGAUCUGACCCUCAGCUUCCUAGCUGUAAGCUGACCACACACAGCAUUUUCAUAUCAAGGAUAAAAAGGAUCCUCUGAUCCUCAUGGGAUCUGAGUCAAGGUUGGUGAAGAGCUGUGUUCGAUAGUUUUGCUGCUGGCCACUGGGCAAACACAUUUAGCUUAGCUUUUGUACCUCACAAAAGGUGUCAGUAAUAGCAGUGAUGUGGAAAGUGUUUUGGAUAUUAGAUGUUUUCAGCCAUGGUUUACUCUGUAAGAUGUGGCCACGUGUUUACAGCUGAGUGCAAAGCAUUAGUAAGAGGUAUGAGGGGUUCUGCUCACUAACAUGAGUUAAGGCCAUCUGUUUUAUGUUUGAAAAAUGCUAUUAGAUUUUUCUUUUUGCCCUCCUAACAGCAUGCUGCAUGCUCUGGUCCUUUUUCAGGCAGCGUUGUCUUUGAUAGCAAAAGCAAGCCUCCAAGACCAUCAACAUAAUUACAGAAAUGCUUGGGGUCUUUAGACAUCAUCCCUGCACUUGAGCAUUUUUACUCACCUAGCUUCUCAGGCUAGCCUCAACCUAGGCUUAAGGGCUAUUCAAAUACAAAAAUGUCAUGUCUGUGAGGCCUUAGUCUUGACUGAACAAAGUAAAGCAGGAUUCCUCAAGCUAUUUCAGCACUGACUGUGACUGCUGCUCAAAUAGGGUUUUUGCCUGGCCUACUGGUAUCAAGAGGUCACCUGUCUUCUUACUGAAGGUCAUUUCUCACCUUCACUUUGGACUUGUAUUUCCUGAACCAUUUUCUGUAUGUGGCAGAAUAGAGUUACCAUCUUAUCACAGCUUCACUUUACAUGCUCUUCAUUUUGUUUCCUUUAUUUCAGUGUGUAUAUUUUUUGCUUUACCUGAGGAGAAACAUAUUUACUCAGUGGCUUUGCUUACAUGAAGUAAUAAAUUCAGUGUGCCCAAGCUCACACAUGCAUUUGUUUGUAUCCUGUGUUUUUGUGUGCAUCUGGCUGUCAAGCAUGAAGAUUGCACAGCUUUCAAGUUCCAAUAAAGACAUUUUUGAUGCAUCUCUAUGCCUCGUAGAAUAUAUGUUGGAUCUUAGUCUGACCUUGUCCACUAAGUGAGCCAAGUGCUUGUCACUUAUUUCGAGAUUAAUACCUUCAGCUGACAUUAAAUCAGUCUCUUAUAUGCUACUACAGCUGUGAACUGUCAGGGGGCACAGAGAAAUGGUCACUGCUGAAAGGGGCAGUUAAAGUACAAGCAGUUUGGUUUUUUUUCCCCUUCAAAAUAUGUACCAGAAGACACAAAAUUAUGUAUUCUUUGUACAAAUUAUAACCCCAGAUGUGUGAUGGGGGCUCUUGCUGUUGACUCCUUAACCCUCUUGACUCUGGCCCACAGACAAGGGUCUGGAUGUAGAUGACUUCAGGAUUUUAGCUCUGAAGAAGUUAAGUUAGUCUGAAGUAUGGGCAACUAUGGCAGCUUCCUAUGGUUGUGUCUUCUAAGGAAAACCAAAAUCCUGCACUGAUAAUGUCAUUACAGAUGAUUAGUCAGAUGAAGCAUGAAAGCAGAGGGCUGAAUUCUUGCUCUCGCAGAUCUAUAUGCUCUUGCAAAAGCUGAAUGGGAGACUCGUAGUGAUUUGAGUGUUCAGAAGAUCAAGUCUGGAUACCUGUUGCCUGACUCUCUUCUGUCCGAUGCUGCUGCUAACUGACCUACUAGACAGAUUGAGCAGAGUUGCCAGAUGGUGAAUGCAGAUUGGAUUCUAGCUAUAUUUGACCAAAGAUUGAGAAUUUGGCUAAAACUUAGCUGUGACUUUCUUCUCUCCUCAGUUGAAGCUGAGAGUAAAAUCCCUUUACGUGUCAAUCUUUUUUUUGCGUCAAAUGGGCGUGUUGGUUCUGACCCAUGUGUGACUUUAGUUCCCAGCAGCCAUUCAGCCUUAUGAGGCUUCUGGUGGGCAGUGGAUGGCAAACUUGCUAUCCAGCACACAACUACCUCAUCAUACUUCCUAUUUUCAACUUGGAGCAGGUCUAUAGGCACAGGAAAAAUUCCCCCAAAAUUAAUUCUGUUUUCAGCGUGUCACUGGUGAAAUCUGCUGGAAAAGUUUUCUGGAUGUGGAUUUGUCCAAGUCAUCAUUCAACCCUUCAGGUGCCACUUGUUUACCUAUGUCUCAGAGGCCCUGCAGUGAGUGUCUUCAGGUGUGGGGGAUUUAAUUCCAUACUUUCAGGCUGGUACUCAACAAGGGAAUGACUGAGGCCAGAGAUUUGCUGUAGGAUAAGCACCUUACUGUCUCAGUGCCAUCUGGUCAGUCUCUGAAAGCAUGAUCAGAGAAAUCAGGUCACUUCAUGCCUUGAGAGAUCCUAAACUGAACAUGAUUUGUCUGUCUUCUGCAGUCUCGCACUCUCACAAAAAACCUCUGUAAUUGCAAGAAGCUGUCAAAGCAAGCCCAGCUGAUGUCAGAGACUCAAACUGCAUGCGGCAUGUUUGCUGGAGAGCAGGUUAAAGACAAGCAGUGCUUUGGCGUAAGGGUCUCCCGUUGCUCAGAUUGCCUCUCGUUACAGCAAUCCAAGGUGAAGACUGAGGUGUACCCCAGCCAGUUAGACCUCCAAAAUCCUAACAAGUUCAGGCAAAUUAUGCCCCCUAUUUCUUCGAUAACGGAGCCAGGAGCACAAAUGGGAACAUGGCACUUCUCAGCCUUUCCGAGGACACACCUGUUGGUGCCCACGUGUAUACUCUGAAUGGAACUGAUCCGGAAGGAGACCCUGUGACGUAUGGCCUGACCUACGAGGCUGGAUCAAGGCGUUACUUUUCUGUUGAUGAGAACCUUGGAAAUGUGUCACUGAUCGAGGAACUUGACAGAGAGAAAGAAGAUGAGAUUGAAGUUAUUGUCAGUAUUUCAGACGGCCUGAGUACAGUUUCAGAGAAAGUUAGGAUCCUUGUAACAGAUGCUAAUGAUGAGAGCCCGGAGUUCAUCAAUACACCUUACAUAGUCCAAGUCCCAGAGAACUCUCCCUCUGGCAGCAGUAUCUUUAAGAUUGAGGCAGUGGACAGAGACACUGGCUCUGGAGGAAGUAUCACCUACUUCUUGCAGAACAUCCAUGCUAAUAAGUUUACAAUAGACCGUCACAGUGGUGUCCUGCGCAUCAAAACAGGGAUCACCCUGGACUAUGAGAAGUCAAGAACGCAUUUUGUUGUCGUGGUAGCCAAGGUACAAAGCUUUCUUCUGGAACUGGAGGAGGAUGGUGGUGGGAAGCUCAGGGGAGACAACAAAGUGUUCUCAGCCACAACAACUGUUACUGUCAAUGUGGAGGAUGUUCAGGACACUCCUCCCAUGUUCAUUGGGACUCCCUACUAUGGAUAUGUCUAUGAGGAUACACUUGCAGGCUCCGAGGUCCUCACUGUUGUUGCACUUGAUGGAGACAGAGGAAAGCCGAACAGUAUUCAUUACUGCAUCGUGAAUGGAAGUGAAGGUUCGUUUGAAAUCAGUAACACAACCGGAGCCAUUUCCGUUAUAAAAAGUCCAAAUCAGCUCAAGAAAGAAGUGUAUGAACUAAGAGUUCAGGCAUCAGAAGUCAGCCCAGAAGGUGAUGUCUCAGCGUAUGCCUUUGCCAUAGUGACUAUAAGGGUGGUCGAUCUCAACAACCAUCCGCCAACAUUCUAUGGAGAAAGUGGUCCCCAGAACAGAUUUGAACUGACCAUGUAUGAGCAUCCCCCAGAGGGUGAAAUCUUGAGAGGACUGAAGAUUACAGUCAAUGAUUCAGAUCAGGGAGCCAAUGCUAAAUUCAACCUCCGUCUUGUUGGACCUGGCGGCAUCUUCCGAGUCGUUCCCCAAACAGUCUUGAAUGAGGCUCAAGUUACAAUAAUAGUGGAAAAUUCUGCUGCUAUUGACUAUGAAAAAUUCAAGGUGUUAACCUUCAAGCUUCUUGCAAUUGAGGUGAACACACCAGAGAAAUUCAGCUCGACAGCUGAUGUGGCAAUACGCCUGCUGGAUACCAAUGACAAUGUCCCAAAGUUCUCCUCUGACUACUACAUUGCCAGGAUCCCCGAGAACUCCCCAGGGGGCUCAAAUGUAGUUGCUGUAACUGCUACAGAUCCAGACUCUGGGCUCUGGGGGGAAGUCAAGUACUCUAUCUAUGGAACGGGAGCAGAUCUGUUCCUAAUCCAUCCAUCGACAGGUAUAAUUUACACCCAGCCCUGGGCUGUAUUAGAUGCUGAAGUGAACUCAAAGUAUAAUUUCUACGUGAAAGCAGAGGACACAGAUGGGAAAUACAGCUUGGCUGAAGUGUUUAUCACUGUGCUAGAUGUCAAUGACCACUCUCCAGAGUUCAAUGAAAACAUCCAGGAAAAGACGAUGAUCAUCGGGUCACCAGUGAAGAUAGAGGCUAUAGAUCAAGAUGCAGAAGAACCGAACAACAUUGUGGAUUAUUCCAUCAUGCAAGCAGAUCCAGCCAAUGUGUUUGAUAUAGACCAGAGCACAGGGGAAAUCAAGCUGAAAUCCUAUAUCCGUUCCCUGGACAUCAUCCACAACAUUACAAAGAACAAAGACUGCAUAUGGUCAUUGGUGGUGCAGGCCAAAGACCGAGGCUCCCCGUCCUUCAGUACCACAGCAGUUCUGAAGAUUGACAUCACGGAGGAGACUCUUCACAAAGGGCCUAUGGCCGCCUUUUUGAUGCAAACUAAAGAUAAUCCCAUGAAAGCCUUAGGAGUACUAGCUGGUGUCAUGGGCAUAAUGGUGCUGAUAACUAUCAUGAUCUCUACUGCCAUGUUCUGGCGCAAUAAGCGGUCCAACAAAAUCAUGCCGGUAAGAAGGAUCAUAAAAAAGAGACAGACCCAGCAGUCCCGCACAGUGAGGAUGGAGUGGCUGAAGUUCAAGAGGCCUAGUAAUGCUGCGGAGAAGUUUGUUGUCGAGGACGAUGCCAAGAGCUUGCAGAACGAGAACAGCAACAACAACGUCCAGGCAGCCCCUGUGCCCCCAGCCGCUCCCUUGCCCCCACCGCCCCCAGCCCUGGCCACCAGCGGGAACACUGCAGUGUGGCGGGUGCCAACCGUGUCCGGCUCCCUCACUCCCAAGUUCAUCAACAAGCAGCUGAAGAAGAGAGGUCACAGCAGUGCCCACAGCGCCCUGGUGUCAGAGCUCAAAAUGAAGUUUGAGAAGAGGAAUGCAGCUAUGGGUGAGCCACACAUCUAGGCCAUGUCUAGGUGCUCUUGGCAGCCCCAGAGACUGCGGGUUGUGGCUGCACGUGGGUAUGUUACGUGCCGUGGUCUUCCCCAUGUCUCUCAAUACCCAUGAACUGAGAGCAGCUUCUCACUGUGAUAGCCGCCCCUCACCUUCCAGAAGCAUUAUGUGCUGUGGAGUCACCCCACCUGUAUCAAAUGCUGUGGUCUGUGCCCGGUUAGGACUGCAGUUCCUUUGUCCCGUGUCCGAGUGCUGGUUCCACCCUGCAGCUGUCUGACCAGAGUGCUCCAUAUGCCCUCGCACCAACCAGAACCUCCCAAAGCGAGCAGGGCUUCGGGCUGCCCCUAUUCCGGAGGCCCUUAGCCAGCUCCCUGGUUUUCAAACCAGGUGCUCUGCAGAAGCCACUUCCGAUCUGAUCUGACAGGUGGAGCUGGGGCAUCCAAAAAUCCAUCACUUCAAAUCCCAUGACCAGUUGAGAAGGUGUUGUUGUGGCCAUGGCACCAGGGGUGGUGUGCAGGUGUCCUUCAGCAGCAGCUCACAGAACGCUGAGAAUAGGUUGUGUGUAGGUGAGACCAGUCCUCGGGCAUGACGUGCAAUGCAACAGCUGGUGGAAUGGUGUGUCGAUGGCAACAGCACCCUUCAUCCUGCAGGUAAGCGUGCAGGCUUGGAAAAGUUCCUCAUUUUCCUGCAGCUUAUGUUGGAUUUUGCCAGAGCACAUUGGCAUGAUGCUGUGCUUCGCUUCUGCCCUGAGCUUGCCAGCUAACCUAAGGAUGGGAGGACAGCUGGGACAGGAUGCAAGCACAGGAAUUCAGUAGCAGUGCUUGCCUGAUACUGUCUCCUUCUGACACCACAUCCCCUAAUGAGAGGCAAGCCGGCAAGAGAAGGAUGUGAUUAAAGCAGUGGGGAAAAUAAG